ACUGAUCUCUUCUCCAAUCCUUUUCGCGUGUCGCGUGGAACCGGCGGAGUGGCUGUUUCGCGGGCGUUGCGGUUCCCGUGGUUCUUGACCGCGUCCUGACCUUGCUCGCCGUCCGCUUCGCCAGUCUCAGGUCAGCUAGCCGGAAUGGCGCCCCUGCUGAAGCCCAAAGAGUCCGAACACUUGUACGCGGGUGACUACGUGCCCAACGAAGCCCGGAGCCGGAAAGGAAUCAACGCCGUACUCCUCGGACCGCCGGGCUCGGGCAAAGGAACUCAGGCACCUCUACUCAAAGAAGAAUACUGUGUCUGCCACCUGUCCACAGGGGACCUUCUGCGGAGCGAGGUCCGCUCAGGCUCUGCCCUGGGCCAGGAGCUCAAGGCGACCAUGGAGAGUGGGGCUCUGGUGAGCGACGACGUAGUGGUACGCCUGGUCAGCAAGAGCCUCGACGCCCCAGAGUGCCGCAAUGGAUUCCUCCUCGAUGGGUUUCCGCGCACCGUCGUGCAGGCCGAGAAGCUGGACGAGAUGCUGGAGAAGAGGCGCACCCCCCUGGACUCCGUGGCCGAGUUCAGUAUCGACGACAGCCUGCUGAUCCGGCGCAUCACGGGACGGCUGACCCACCUUCCCAGUGGCAGGUCCUACCACGAGGAGUUCAACCCACCCAAGCAGCCCAUGACGGACGACGUGACUGGCGAGCCUUUGGUGCGGCGGUCGGACGACAAUGUGGAUGCCCUGAAGAAGCGACUGGAGGUGUACCACAAGCAGACAUCGCCUCUGGUGGGCUACUACCAGAAGCGGGGGCUGCACACCCGGAUUGACGCGUCCCUACCACCCAAGGCAGUCUUCGAGAACAUCCGCAAAACCUUUGAGGCUGCCAAGAGCAAAGACUACGUCCUCUUCCUCUGAUUUGUUGGGGGGCAAAUAAAAGCAGUUGCUGUUUGUUCUGGGUUGACUCCCACCAGAACAGGCAGCACAGAAACGUUGCCUGUUUCAA